CGGAGAGCGGAGGCGGGUGCACAGAGCAGGUCAUAGGCUAGUCGCGCAGGCCGCCCUGCCGCCUCCACGGGCGCUCGGUAAGGGCCGGGCCCGGGGCCUCCCGUGGGGCCGGCCCGGGCCCGGGCGGCGCGGCCGCGGGAACGCAGCGGCGGGGAGCGGGUUGCGGGGGGCCGGUUUGAGGCGGACACAGCGCGGCGCUGCGGGCGGCACUGUGCCGCGGCGGCGGCGGCAUGAAGGAGGUGGCGCCGGGCCCGAAGAUGGAGUGCGACAUCUUGGACGCGCUGGAGGCCGUGGGGUACACAGGUCCCUUGCUGGAGGAAGAAGCCCUGAAGAAAGCAGCAGAAAAUGGAUUGUCUUCACCAGAAUUUUUGGAGCUUUGUGUUUGGUUAGGUUCCCAAAUAAAGCCACUUUGUAAUAUGGAAGAGAGCAUCACUUCAGCAGAUGGUGAUAAAGAUAUAGAGAGCUUCCAGCUUGAGAUUAGUGGCUUUUUGAAAGAAAUGUCUUGUCCAUAUUCAUCACUUAUAUCUGGAGACCUUAAAGACAGAUUAAGAGAGAAAGAAGAUUGUCUUAAACUGCUCUUAUUUCUAAGUACAGAACUUCAAGCUUUAAAGAUUUUGCACAGCAAGCAAAUUAAAGGCUCUCACUUGGAAAAGCACAAUGAAAUUUAUCAGGAAGUACAAGCUAUUUGUGAUGCACUGGGCCUUCCGAUAUCGUCAUCUUCGGAUAUUCCUCCCUUGUUAACCAGUGUGGAACUGAAGAUAAAGGACAUUCUGUCAAAAGUUCAAAACAACCUUGUGGGGAAAUCACUGCUAACAAAACCUCUGAAUUCUGAUCAAGUGGAAAGAUUGGAAAAAAUCAAUGAUGCUCUUCGAAGUGAGUAUGAAUGUCGCCGUCGCAUGUUAAUGAAGAGGCUGGAUGUGACAGUACAGUCUUUUGGCUGGUCCGAUAGAGCAAAGGUAAAAACAGAUGACAUAGCACGAAUCUAUCAGCCCAAGCGCUAUGCAUUAUCUCCAAAGUCAGCUAUUACAUUAGCUCACCUUCUUGCUGCUCGAGAAGAUUUAUCAAAGAUCAUAAGAACAAGUAGUGGAUCAACACGGGAAAAUACAGUGUGUGCUAUCAACAAGGUUCUCAUGGGGAGAGUACCUGACCGUGGAGGCAGACCUACAGAGAUUGAACCACCUCCUCCUGAAAUGCCUCCUUGGCAAAAAAGACAAGAAGGCGGUGGAAGAGGUGGCUGGGGAGGUGGUGGUGGUGGUGGUGGUGGAAGGGGUGGCUGGGGGGCUGGAGGGGUUAGGGGGGGAGGAGGAGGUGGUGGUGGUGGUGGUUUCAGAGGUGGUGGAAGAGGUGGAGGUGGCUUCCAAGGUGGUGGUGGUGGUUAUGGCGGCAGGGGUGGUUAUGGCGGCAGGGGAGGUUACGGUGAUCCAUAUGGUGGAAGAGGAGGGGGAGGAUACCGAAGAUACUAAAAAUACUGUAAAUACUGACACAGUAACUGGCAAAACAUAGUGGUGGUGUUUACUAGUAUCAAGAACUUAGAUAUGUUAAAUUUGGUUUAGGUUAGAAUUAAGUAUGACCAUAUAAAUCAUUGCAUUAGACCAACUGGUGUUGUCAUUGAAUUCUUCCAGUUAACUGAACAAAACUUUUAUACUAAAAUGUGAUGACCGAAGUCCUUGUUUUUCACACUGCUCAUGUGUUUUUUUUAAUGUCAUUUUAUUUAAAAUAAGCCUCAGAAAACUGAAUAAAACCCUUUUUUUUAAAAAAAAAUACUGUUUAAUGUUCAGAUCGCUCUAAUUAUUGCAUGUUGCACUGCUGUGUCCCAAAUUCCCCCCAAAGCUAUUGGGGGGGGGGGGAGGAGGGAGGAGUCUAAGAACCUGAUGGAAACAUUUUUACAGGACUCUAGAAUGCUGCUUUUGGGCUUUUCUCUUCAUUUAAUUUUCCAUGUGGGACAUGUAAAAGAAUUAUGAUAUUGAAUGUUAGAAUACUUAAAGCUUUGAUCAGAAUAAUUCAAUUAGAUUUCUUAUUUUUCCAGAACUUCACAUACAAGUAACAUACUGAAUUCAUAUUCUGCCAAAACUAACCAACUAACAAAACAGUUUGUUUUGUGUGUUCAUAAAUCUACCAGGGACUAUUUGAAGGUUAGAGUGUGUACCAUAAAAUCAAAUUCAUGGUGAGUUUUGAUAGUGUUUAUUUUCAUUUUACCUAUUUUCCAUUUUAUUGGUUUUUCAAAAACAUUAUUUUAAGAUCAUUGUGGGCUGAAAACUUAUGCAACUAUUUAUGUGGUAGAUCAUUUACAUAUUCCUUUAUGUGUCAAGGCUGAUGCAGAAGUUAAAUAAUAAGCUGCCUGUACUGAGCUUCUUGAGGAUCUUCUUUUCCUGCUCUGUAUUUGGGAAUUGCCAGCUGAUAAAGCAGCUUAUACAACAGUUGCCUUUGCCCCUUGACUUCUCUGGAAAAGGUGCAAAUGCAACUUUGAGAGUCUUCUCUUCUCGUCUGCCAGCCAGUGUGAUAAGCUAAAACUCUCUCCUUAUAUGGUAUGGUUGCCUCCACCUUUAUAGACAAUGUUACACUCUAGAAAAAGAGGAUCUAGGUGAGGACUUAGAUUUCAUAUACUUUUUGCUCUAAAUAUUCAUAGGCAAGGUUUAGCUUCAGAGCUGCCAACUAUAAAAGACUCUUUCUGUUGUCCAGCCUCUUCAGAGCACCUCACAGCUGUCAGGCUGCUGCUGAGUGCAGAGAUGGCUGUGAGCAGGGAGAUGAUGACCACUUAGGUACUCCUGAUGGUUUUCCUCAGGGUCAGGCUACUGCAAAGAGGUUCAAGAAGGCACCUUGAUUACAGUGCACAGCAGCCUGGAAACACUUCCACUGAAUAUUUAGCUGAAGGCUUAAUUGUAGUUUGAACUUCAGGAUUUGUUUGUUUUUGAUUUUGUGUUUCACAGUUACUAGUUCUUUCUUCACUAAUUUUUCCAUUAGGGUCUGUAUUUAUUUGGUAUGCUUUAACGAUCUUAUUUCACCUUUAGGGACAUGUGAAUCAUUAUGUGAAUUUAUGCAUAAAUUUGAAGCUCUGUUCAAAAUUAAAUGGUGAUUAGCUUCUUAAAAAGCCUGUGACAGAUUAAUUAGUUGUAAUAACUUUUUGAUUUGAAGUUUCCAUCUAGAUAAAAUUCAGAGGUUUCUCGCCUGUUCUUAUUUCCCUUCUGAUCACGGUGUGCUUGAGAAUGCUGCUUAGGAUACAACCUUAACCAUACUUUAGGAUCCCAGCAGGUACUUAACAGAAAAGGGCAGGAGAGUUUUCCUUCCUUGAAGGUGUUGGCUUGGAUGCAGACUCCUAAAAUAAUGAAGCCCUCCACUGACUUCAUUUCACCCAACUGCUAGCCAUACAGUUUCUUUAUUAAUUUUCUUCUACGUGCAUUUCAGGCCUAAGUUUUCGUCAGCCUCUGCUGUCAUUCUGGAGAGGCACUUGUGUCACGUAGAGCAUUGGGUACUUGGGUUUUUUGCUUCUGAGCUUGAUUUUUGCCUAAUGCUGUAGAACAGCUCACAAAGUCUUGACAGACUCAGUGAGAGCAUUGGCCCUGGAGCUGAAACAAGUUGGUAGGCAAGGGAAUGUCAAGAAUAGUUUUCAGUCAAAGCUGUAAUAAUAAAUUAGUUAGGAAUUUAAAAUAUUCCAAUUGGUUAUUAAUUCAAAAUACUCCUGUAUUUCAAUUUUAUUUCUGUAGCUAAUAUAAAAGAUGGAAAUUUAAAUAGGUUGGCAUUUAGUGGAAGUUUUUUGUUUUAAUUUUUAGGAGUUUUUUAGUUUUAGUUUUUCAGAUUUUCUUAAAUAAUUCCAAAAUAUGAAGCCAGUAGCAGAAAAGCAAAGUAAGCACCACCACAUUUCAGAGAGGUAUCCUCUUCUCAGUUUUCUGUUGUCACAAUGUAUGUUAUUAAUUUAUCAAAAGAUGCAAUAAUACUAUGAAAAUAAUUGAUUUAAACCUCUUCUCAAAUUCUGUAUUUUUCAGUCCUGAAAAAUUUUCAAAAAUUGUUGUAAAUACAAUUUUUUCAUAUAUAUGUUUGUGAGCAUUUUUGUGUUUAUUCACAUUUAGUGAGCCAUCUCUGUCAAUAUUGUCUUGAUCAAGAUUUGAAAAAAAGAUUUUUCAGGAUUUGAGAGACUUUUGUUAAUAGCUGUAAACACUGAGGAAUAAAGUACUAUAUUUGAGGUUAUUUUCA